CUCACUUUUACGAAGUAUCUUUGCCAGCGUGUUGUUAAGUUUGUGCUUCUGGCAGGGAAUGGGAAGAUCCAAGCGAGACUUUCCUGUUGUGUCCGAUGAUUAUGGAAUCCAGGUGGACAUUCAGCCAUGCAGAAAUACUGCGGGUUCUGGAAUUCUCUUCAGGUUUCGAAUUUUGGGAGAGGUCGCACAUCGGGACUCUCAGGGACGAUAUUCGGUCCUGCUGGGUGGGCACAUACGCACCAAACUCAUUUUAAGUGGCAACGUGUGUGCCACUAGUGUAAAAUGUGCUCUUGGUUUAGAGAGUUUGUUGUAUGUGGCCAUUGAGCCUCUCUUCCCCAUUCUCAAGGAACGUGAGGGCAGGUCCCUGUUGAAAUUGUGCCUGAGGUCCCCUUGGUGUUGUGGGAGACCGCAUCCUGGUGCACCGCGACAGGCAACAAGGGGGUGGGGUAUAUCGAGGAGGUAGCAUUUGUAACAACCCAGUGAUAUUAGUGCCACAGUAGUUCGAUUUUAACUCUGGGGAGGCGAGUGUCCUUAAUUAGUAAGUGAAACAUGAUUACCUUUUGCUUCUUUUCGAUUUCCUCGGGCACUGUGGCAUGCACUCCAGCCGUGUAUUGGGUCGCAGUGUCUCAGGUUGCUGUUCUUACUGAAGGCGGAUUGGAGAGUAUCCAUUCUGUUCACCUGGACCCUGGCUAUUAGUAAUUCAGGAGUGACCCGGUGUCACUGCGUAAACCGCGAUUUGUUAGUUUGGAUAGCUCCCCCCAGCACACUAAGUCCCUGGAUACAUACGUGACAACUUGUUGGUAACAAGUCUAUCACUGCAUUAGUUGUCCAGCUGUUUUGUAGCAGGAAGAGAGGCUGAUCUGCACGUAUCACGGUGUGUGUGUGUGUGUGUGUGUGUGUGUGUGUGUGUGUGAAGCCGAGGUUACCACUGAACAAUGGUGUUGGACGCAUACUUGGAGAAGUCUUGCUAGCACCAGAACCACAAACGGGAGUCUUAUUAAAUAAAAAAUAUUCUGUCUCGAACUGAAUAUGUAAAAUUAGAGGAUCGCAAAAAAGGUUAUGUUCGAAACGCAAUAUUUUGGAUUGCUGUGACUAAGAGCAAUGGAUAAAAGCUUACAUCUGUCCGAAGCAGAAACUGGACCUUCUCAUAAUGUGAAUACAGCCUGCUCCAGUGGCAUUAGAUAUUCAGAAAUGCAAGGUGUUUUCACACCACCAUUGAGUGUUUCGGACAAAGUUCCUCCUGUAAAGGCUUGUUUCAAGAAGAAGCAGAAACUGCUUGCUGCCAAUACGCUAAGAGCGUUGGAACCUAUUAUCAAUAGUUUGUUGCGGUCAAAUGCAUUGGUAGCAGCACGGGAUGGGGUGUUUGUUCCCACCACACCAGUUAACAGUCCAAGCAAACUAUGUAAGUCAGGUGUUCAAAGCCAGUCAGGUCUCACUGAGUUGUGCUCCACAGCAGGGAAAGAUGGUAGUUCUUUUGUGCCUUCAGACACCACUGUAAACAGUCCCGGACACAUGAUUCAUACUCAGGAUGUUUCUAUGAUUCCAGAGCAUGGCAGUCUUCAUGAGGUACAGUCUUACCAGUCACAGACUGAUGUUCCUUUGGCACCUUCUGAUAGCAUCCCCUUUCAAGAUAAUCUUAUACAGAGUAAUGUAAUAUCAACGUGUCCUUCUGAGGCUUCUUCUUUGCUUCCAGACCCCAGUUGUAUGACCCAGUCAGCUUUGGGACAUCAAAAGGUCAAAUCUGGGAUUUUCCAUGAUAAAACAGAGGAGGCAUCCCUUGAUCUUGUAUUUGACCUUUUAACUCAGUUGCAGUAUCACACCCAUGCAGGAGAUGGUAUUGAGAUUUGUGUGGAAUUUCUUCAAGGAGUUUGUGUUUAUGGCUAUGACUGCAUGAGACAUCAUACUGUAUUACCGUAUCACUGGCAGAUCCGGUGUUCAGCAAGUCAGACGUGGAAGAGUGUCCCAGAUGAGUCUCAGGAACAGUUGGAGAGAUUGUAUUGCAACCCCGAAAAUGACAAGAUCCAAGUCAAGUACCAGGGUCGUGAGUUUAUAUUGGACUUCAACUCCAUGAAGGUGUUUGACACAGUAGAAUUUGAUCAAGUGCGCCGUCUGUCAACUCAAGCUUCCACCGCUGCCAAUUCCAGUUGCCAUACAGUGUGGAAAUACUACUGCAGGGACCAUUUUGGUUGGAGAGAGUACUCAGAGCCUGUUGUUCGACUGAUAGAAGAAGCCACUUGCAGAGGAGUUAAAGAAGUCCGUUUUGUUACGUGGCAGAACCAGUAUGUCUUAAACAUUCAUGAUGGAUUUCAGCAGAAUGCUGGGUUUAGACGAGAAAUCAAGCGGAGACCACUUUUUCGAUCUUCCUUAAUGCUGACACCUCAUUUACAAACUCUUGGAGGAAUUUCCACAGCUGCUUUUCAUCCCAGUGGACCAGCCUUCAUGCCAGUCUUAUCUCCUGUUGUCUCUACCUCACCUAGCAUUUACCCUGAAACCUGGCUGCCUAUGGAUUCAUUCCAGGACUUUUUACAAGUGUCUGUAGCAAAGGAAGACAAAAGUUACCGGACUGUCUACAGUUUGUUUCACAAAACAAUUCCAGAGACCAAAUUCAGGAUUUUGAAUAUUCUUAGGGUCCAAAAUCAAUUUCUUUGGGAGAAAUACAAAAGGAAAAAGGAAUAUAUGUGCAGGAAAAUGACAGAAAUGGACAGAGUGCUAAAUGAAAGACACUUAUUCCAUGGCACCUCUGCGGAUGUUGUAGCUGGCAUUUGUAAACACAAUUUUGAUCCACGAGUGUGUGGGAAACAUGCAACUAUGUUUGGACAAGGCAGUUAUUUUGCUAAGAAAGCCAGUUACUCUCAUAACUUUUCCAAAAAGUCCAUAGAAGGAACGCACUACAUGUUCUUGGCUAAGGUCCUCACAGGAAAAUAUACAGUGGGAAAUCCAAGUAUAAGAAGACCUCCUCCACUGAAUCCGCUUUACACCACCAGUGACUUAUUUGACUCUUGUGUGGACAACUGCUUUGAGCCCCAGAUUUUUGUUAUUUUUAAUGAUGACCAGAGCUACCCUUAUUUCAUUAUUCAGUAUGAAGAAGUUAGCAACACCGUGUCCAUCUGAUGCUGCUUUGAAAAGAGUUUGAAUCGAACUGUUACAUUUAACAGCCAGAUCUUCAAACAGCAAUGGCAGACUUGACUCUGCUGUAGCUGGCAAAUGAACCCUAGACAUAAGAAGAAAAAAAACUUGAAUCAUUUUACUUUUCCUAGUUGUUUGUCCUGAUUUUAUUUUAUAAUUUUUUUCCUGACAGUCUAGUGUGUGCUGCUGCAGGAAGGAUAUUGGGUUCAGAGACAGAAAAAUGAAAUGGUCCCUUCUCUCACUGGUUACUUAUUCUGAUGAAACUGAAGUGCAUUGCCCAUUUCCUUGCCUCUUGUGUAAUUGUAGAAUCAGUAGUCUAAAGGUUAAAAGAGAAUAUGUUUUGGGGGUUUCCAUAAUUUUGUGGUUGCUCGUAACAUUUUGUUAUUUAAAAAAAUAUUGGAAAUAGUUGUCAGACUUGAUCCUUCCUGAACAUGAAAUUUGAAGUCCAUAUACAGAAAUCAUAGAAGUAUGCAACACUUCCUGGUUGAACUACUACUGUUGAUGCAAAAGAGAAAUUUACUUUUAAUGGUGGCUAAUGUUCAAGCAAAAUGCAAAUGUAUUUUAAUACAGUUUGCCCUGCACUUGUAGUUUGUUUCACUGCAAAAUGUAAAUAUGUUUUUUUUUUCAUUGUUUAUAGUUGAACGGCGCGCCAUGCCUUUUGUUUAUAAGACAUUAUUUAUGUUAGUAAAUGGUCAUGUUUAAAGCAA